AUGAACCAAUCUACUUUACAAUAAUCAACUGCAUUAAACUCGUCUUAAGCAUAAAGUCACUUUUCGAAAAUAAUGGAUAAAACUUUUCUUGCGAGUGAACAUGAUUCUAAAAUGAGAGAUGUACUUCAAAUAAGUUAUAAAGAUUAACACUAAAGUUUUAAGAAUGAAAUUUCUAUGAUAUAAGGAGCUAAAGAUACUAUAGUAUUUUAUUUAAUAUAUUAUUAAUAGACAUCAGGCGUAUAUUUAAGUAAUCUUUAAAAAGAAAGAGCUGAUUAAUUUGAUGUUGUCUUGGCUUAGAGAAAAUUUUUAUGGAAACAAGAAGAACUAUUAUAUCAAUAAAUUGAAGAUUUAAAGAAGACUAAUAAAAGAUAUUAAGAUAGUGUUCAUCAUUAUGGAGUUGGAAAUAAUAAUCUGGGAAUUGAAGUAAAAAAGAAAUAUGACCAAAUACAAACUAAAUUAAAUUCAGUCAAAGAGGAAAAGAAAGAAUUAUUAAAGAAUUUUGAAUUAAUCUAACAAAAAUAAACUAGUAGUCGAUCCAAAUUGUCAAGUGUUGGAUAAUAAAUUAUUGAAAAUCCACAAUAUAAAUCAAUGAUGGAUUUUAUUAAUCAAUAAGAAAAAAAGGUUUAAGCUAUGAAAAUUGAAUAUAAUGAUCCAUCUUCUAAUUAAAUAAUACCAUUUGAUAAAAAACUCUAAUAAAGUAAUUAUUCAAUUCUAUUUAAAUUAAGUGGCUGAAAAUACAUUUGAAAAACAAGCUAGAUUUUUAUAUUAAGGAACCAAAUUUGAAGGCAAUGAUUAAUAAAAAUUAGCUGCAUUAAGUACAUUAAGAAAUAAAAUUGAAUAAUAUAUUGAUGAGAGAGGACUUUAAGGAGUUAUUUUAGAUAUGCCAUUUAAAUUAAAUUUAACUAAGGAAUAGGAAAGUGCUCAUAAGGUUGAAUAUAAUUAAACUUUAUCAGAAAUAGAUAAAAUUAGAAAAGAUUAUAUUCAAUCAGGAGGAACAGAUCCUAAUUUUCUGAUAUCUGUGAAUAAUUUGGAAAGAUAUUAUAAAAAUAAUCAUCCUAUAGGGAAACAAGAAAUGCCUGAUAAAUUGAAGAUGAAUUUAGAAGAAAGAGGUCCAAUAACAUAGAAUCCAAUUUUUUAAUAUUUACCUUAAACAUUUUAGAAGGAGAUAUUGGAAUUGGAAAAUUAAGCUUAGAUUUAAAGAGAAGCAGAUUUAAGAAAUCCAAAUUUAAAUAAGGAUUUACUGAGGGGAUCAUUUGAUGUUGAUGAUUCUAGUAAGGCAGAUGAAAUGAUGUUAGAAAAUUUAAAAUAAUAAGAAAUUAGUAUUAUGUUAACAGGUAAUAUGAAUGAAGAGAAUAAAAUGAAAUAUGAUGAAAUAUAGAGAUUAAAAUAAAUAUAUGAAUAAAAAUAUUUAGAAAAGAAAGUAAAGGAAUAGUUGGAAUUGAAAUAAGUAGAAGAAGAUGUUUUGAAUUUUAAAGGAAGACCAUAGGAUAAAUUAAAUUAUUUAUAAUAUCUUUAAGGUUAAAUAGGUACAAUGCCAUUGUUUUAUGAUCCAGAUGGUGGAUUCAUAGUUAGAAUAGAUUUUGUAAAUAAAUUACCAAUAAUUUAUGAAAGAGUAAAGAUUAGUUAUGGAUUAUUUAUAAAAAAGUAAUUUAAAUUAUAUAAAAUAGUUUAGAUGAACCUCAUACUACAAAAACAACUUAAUAAUAUGAUUCUACUUAGGAAAAUGUAUUUCAAAAGAAAUGUAUAAUAUAAGAACGAUUUGUAGAAAGAAAUCAUGAGAUAUAUAAAGAUACAUAUCUUUAUUUGAUUUUAUGGUGUUAUAAUUAAGAUUAUGGAAAUGGUGUAGUACCAAUAUAAGUAGGUUGGACACUUCAUAAAGUAUUUGAUGAAGAAAAUCUUAUUUCAGGAUGUUUUUUAUUACCAUUUUAUAAUGCCUCAUUUACAUUUGAUUUAUUUAAACAAGUGGAAAUAUAAGAUAUUAAAUUAGGAAUAAGAAUAAGUAUGCCAGGAGAUGCUGUAUUAGAUUUGGAUAGCAAAAUUAUUAAUAUUGUAGAUUAUAAAUUAUAACCUUUACAUUAAAAAUAAGAAGAUAUAAUAAAUCUUGAAAAAAACUUUAAAUUUAAAGAAUAUCGUGUAUUCCCUAUGCCAAAAGAAUUAUUAUAUAUAUAAUGUAAUAAACCUGAAUUAUGGAAAUCAGAACUUCCUCCAAAUGUUUAUAAAUUGAUGGAUUUUGGUUUCCUUAAUGAAUAAUAAGCUGCUCUUAAAUAAUAAUAGCAAGAAUAUAAUGAAAGAUAAGAGAAUCGUUUAAAUAGGCCUAGAAGAAGGCUUUUUGGAAAACAAGGUACAAUAACAAGACAAUAAGAUAAAAAACGAACUGUAUUAACUUUUAAACAAAGAUUAGCCUUAAAAAAAGGAGCUACUACACCAAAUACUAAUAAAUCGAAAUCUAGAGAUAGAGAAUCUUCCUUAAGACCUGAUAGCAAAGCUGAUACUUCAAGAUAAAAAGUUGGAGAAGCAAGGAAUACUUAAAGAGUCUAAGAAAAAGAAAAAAGCACUAUCAUGACAAAUAAACCAAGAAAACUAAUAUUUAAAUUAAGAUCAUUGUCAUAAUUACAUGCUGGAUCAAUUACAUCUUUUAAUUUAAAAUUAGCUCUUUUUUAAAAUAUUAAACUUGUAGAAGAUGAUGCCAAAAACAUGUGUGUAUUCAAUAAAGAAUUAGAACCUGAUGAAAAAGGUGAUAAUUAUUUUAAUUAUACUGAAACAUUUACUUUUGAUUUAAAUUUAACCAAUUAUUUUUAAGAAUAGGAUUAAUCUGAUAUUUUAAAUACAUAUCUAUUUAUUGCUUUAUUCAAAGAUUAAGUAGAAUUAUUUGGUUGGCAUGCCCUUCAAUUAUUUGAUUUUAUAGAUGAUCAAUAUAAAAUAAAAAAUGGUAUCUAUACUGAGAAUCUUUAUGGACCUCCAGGUUAAGCUCCUCCUUUCAAUUUAAAUAGAACCAAAAAAACUAAUCAUUAAAUUAAUUUUAUUAUCAUGUAAGAUGAUGACCGAGUUCUUUAAUUGCCUACUUAUGAUAAUUAUAAACUUGAUUAAAAAUGUAACUUUUUAUUUUACUUUUUUAGUACUAACAGAAGAAGACAAAGAACAAAGAAAAAAAUUAUAUAGUGUUGCUAAUCCUAAAUGGAAUACAUAAAUAAGAUUGGAUAUUUCUCUAUUAAAAAACUUUUCUCAAAAAGAAGAUUUUAUUAUGAAAACCUUUGUUUUAGAAGGUGAAAAUAUUAUUAUUGAUGUUUUGGAUAGAUAAUGUAUUAGGCAUGAUAAUCUUGAAUUAUUUGAAGGAUAAGAGAAAGGAGAGAUGAUUCUCAAUCAUACAAUUAUUUUACGUAUUGGUACAAGAUAUUUAAUUGAUACUUUUACAUUAACUUAUAAAAAGCUAACUUAUUUAUUUAAUUUUAUAUACAAAAAUGAAAUUAUCGGAAUUUGUUAAAUGAAUUUAUUUUCAAGCAGUGGAACAAUAAAUACUGGAUAAUAAAUAUUAUAUGUUCAUGAUUUGGAUAAAAGUGGUAAAAUUGGAAAAAAAACAAAUAGAUAAAUGUACUUUUUUAUUCAAGAAGAAAAUUUAAAUUUAUUAGAUAUAGAGGAAACACCAAAAUAUGCUUAACAUAUUAAAGACAAAUAAUAAAAUUUAUAAUUUGAUUAAAAUAAAGGUUUAGUAAUAGAAAUAGAUUCAUUAAGUGAUUAUGUUAAUUAGAAACCAGUAGAUUUUACAAUUUAAAUUUAUAAUGGAAAUGAGCCAGCAAUAGAUGAAGAUGGAAUUAUAUGUGCUUAUACAAGUUCUAGAAAAUAUUAACCAUAAAAUUAAAUCGUAGAAAUACAUGGAUUUGCUUAUUUUAAAUUACCAUUAAAUUAAUUAUAAAAUAAUAAAUCAGAUUUAGAUAAAUUCUAUGUUUUUAUUUCCUUUUAAGAUUUAGGAUGGAUAAGUUUUUAAUUAUUUUUGAAUGGAUAACUAAAUAGUUCAGAAUUUGUUGGUAAAUUAUAUUAAGGUGAAGUACCUGCCCCUCCUGUGGAUUAUUCUACAAUUAAAAAAAUUAAUACUAAGAUUUCAUAUACUUGUAGAUUUGACUAUAAACCAGUACAGUAACAUGAUGAAGAUCCAGUUGAAGAAAGUCGUCCUUAAAUAUAAAAAAGUGGAACUUCUAAAUUUCAAUAGUCUAUUCCAAGUGAAUAAGUAGCAAAAAUUGCAUCUAGAAGAACUAUGAAUUCGAAUGAUAAUACUGAUAAGUUAAUAAUAAUACUUAUUAAUAUUAACGGAUUUCUUAAUUAAGCUUUUUUAAUUGUUAAAGGUAUAUUAAUGAUGGAUAGUAAACCCCUUUUAGAUAAAAAUGGUUAAGCCUGUUCAUUUAAAACUGAUAAAGUUAAUAAUGUUUAAAAAGUAGCAUUCUUUAAUAAAAUGAAAUAUCCUUUCUUAUUAGACACUACUAUUUUGAAUAUGGAAAGUUAUAUAUUCAUUUCUGUUUUAGAUGAAUCUGAAACUGUUAUUGCGUGGUUUGGGAGAAGAUUAGUUUCUUCAGUUGGUAAAGUAAUCAGAGGAUAAUCAUUUGAAUAUUUAUUUGCACCUCCAUUAAUGAGACCACCUCUAGAUAAAUCAAAAAUUACUACUUUAUAAUAAUCAAUAUAAUUUGAAGUAAAAUGA